CGUGAAUGUGUAGUGUCACUUUAUCCAGCAUUCUCGGUGUUUUUUUGCAAAUUUGCACUACUUUGCUUUUGCUCAACUGGCAUGCAGUGUGUACAGUGAAUGCUUUAAGUUAUGAAUAACUUUAUCCUGGGAUGCUAGCGUUGAGUAACCGGUCGUGCAGACUGUGCAGGUGUUCCGUGCGCGCGUGACUCUUCCCUGGUGGCGGUUGAAGAGGACGCGGCGCUGUUACUAGGCAACGGCAGGGCCCAGGUUCCAUCUACAAUCGGCAGGGCAUGGGUUUCCGUCCGGGGGAAGUGGCGGAUGUGAGAGCGGCCUUAGGUUGCCAUGGCGAAGAGUCAGGUCGGGGAAGAGUCGGCCCUGGGUUUUCGACAGAAAAAUUGGAUGGAUGUAGGAAUGGCAACACAUUAGACCUACAUGGAAAAGGAAUUAAAAAGCUACAGAAGUUUGAAAAGUUGCCUGGAAUGAAAACUUUGGACCUGUCCUGUAAUUCUAUAGAAGAAAUUGAGUAUUUGGACAACCAUAAUGAAAUUACAGAGCUUAAAUUAUAUGGUAAUAAUAUCAGGAAAAUUAAGAAUCUGGACAGAUUGCAAGAACUUCAAGUUCUCCAGUUGCAGUUCAAUAAUAUCACAAGUUUAAGGAAAGGUCUCCUCAAACUCCGGAAAUUACAGCGACUGAGACUGGACAGCAACCGCUUGAUCUGUAUGGAAUCCCGAGAACUUUCAGGACUAUCCCAAUUGGCAUCUUUGGAUAUCAGUCAUAACCAGUUAACUGACAUCACUGCCGUGAAUAUGUUGCCCUGCCUUGAGGAGCUGUUUGCAUCCAGCAACAGGUUGUGUGGAGUUAUUGAUCUCAGCAAAUGUAACAAGUUACAGGAACUCGAUUUAUCCAACAACAAAAUAUCAGAGGUCCGGGGGUUGUCUUUACUGGAAACUUUAACGUCAGUUAACCUCUCUGGGAAUGUUCUGCACUGCACCGAAUGUCUUGGAUCUCUUUGUUCUUUGCAGGAAUUGAAUCUUGCUGAUAACCAGCUGAAGUCUGUUAGCAGCUUUGCUCAACAAUUCCCUAACCUCGAAGUUCUUAAUGUAGUCAAAAAUGACAUUGACGUCAGGGAGGGUCUAAAAUCUCUGACGCGGUGCUUCCACCUAGUGGAACUGAAUUUAAUUGGCAACAUAGCUGAGACAUCAGAGGAGGAUGAAACCAUGCACCUCAUGGAAGUCUCUUACCUCAUGCCUCAGCUUGAAUAUUUGGAUGGGGUUCCUCUUAACCCAUCGAAUAGUGAGAAUCAGAAUUCUCAAGUUAUUCAGAAAACAGGACUGGCUAAUGCUUCCCUUGAGAGUACGCAAAAGAUUGUGAGCUGCUUGAUGGAUUUUGAGUCCCAAAUGGAAGACCUGCAACAAUCACUAGCUGAAAGGUUUAGUCAGGUGAAGAAUCUGAUGGCAUCCUUACCUCAGAAAUUGCCAUUCAAACCUUCACAUACAGCUUCAACCAAACUGACCUCAGUACCUGGCUAUGGAUCCCGCCCACAAACAAGCUGCAGGAGUCGCUCCAGAAUUGAAGAAGCCAGAUCAUUUGCCGCCCAGCACUUUGAAAAGUAGCACGACCAUCAGAUGGAACAUUUCAACGAAAC